AUGUCUGCCUCUAAAGAAGUUGACGAAGCAGUGAUAUCUUCGUCUGAUCAUGGGUAUGGCAGCACUAAGUCUGUUGGAUGGUUGAGCCGUUUCGGGGGCAGGAACAUGGACCUCAACGAGGUCGGCAAGGAAUACUUCCAGCAAUCUCUCCACCUGAACUACUCGAACGCGUACGGUCUGCAAGAAGACACGCAUAUGACUGGCGACGACUACUCGUGGGUAUCUUCGGCCUUGUACUUCGGCUGGCUUGUGGGAGCCUACCCUUGGCAGUUACUUUUGCAAAGAUAUCCGGUUGGAAGGUUAAUAGGAAUUAUGCUAUUUGUAUGGGGCGCCGUUUGCAUGCUCCAGGCUGCCGUCUUCAAUUUUUCAGGAUUCUUCGCUAUUAGGUUCUUCCUUGGUCUGCUGGAGGCCGUUGUCUCGCCAGCAUUCAUCAUGUUGACAUCCAUGCUCUGGACGCGAGAGGAACAGAGUCUUCGAAGCUCAUAUUGGUUAUCUGUUAACGGGAUUUCGUCUAUUGUUGGCGCUCUUCUGGCUUACGGAGCUGGCCACGCCACUGGACUGGCAGUGCCACAAUGGAAGCUCAUAUACUUGAUUGUUGGCUCGAUGACCAUGGCAUGGGGCUUUGUCAUCUACCUUUACUUACCCGACGGCCCUCAUAAUGCCAAAAUGCUAACAGAGUAUGAACGCGUUGUUGCAGUUUGGCGUAUUUCUCGCAAUCAAACCGGCUUGAAGCAUCCUAAGAUAGUCCCAGCGCAGAUCAAAGAAGCAUUGUUGGAUCCCAGACAAUGGCUAUUAUAUCUGAUGGCUAUAUGCUAUGGUAUUCUUAAUGGCGGUGUGGCAAACUUCCUUGCAGCCAUUAUCAAGGGCUUUGGCUAUGAUGCACUACGAACAAGCCUAUUACAGACUCCCGUGGGCGCCUUCGAGCUAGUCAUGGUAAUUGCAUUCGGCUAUCUUUCGAAAGUACCAAACAUGCUAGGCGCAACGAUAGUCAUAUCUUGCAUUCCAGGAUUAGCUGGCCUGAUUGGCAUUAUGAAAAUCAGUAUCGAAAAACAUCGAUUUGCACUAGUCGGCCUCAACGCGGCCGGACAUACCAAGCGAAGCACCGUCCUUGGAAUUUACUUUGUCCUGUAUUGCGCGGGUAAUAUUGCAGGGCCACAUCUCUUCAUCCCCUUGGAAUCCCCGAGGUAUCCAACUGCGAUCAAAGGCCUAGCCGGGUCCUACGCGGGAGCAAUGGGCCUUCAAAUAAUCUACACCGGGUACUGCUACCUUGAAAACCAAAGAAAACAAAACCAAGGUCUACUAGAUGAAACAAACUCGACCGAGGAAGCAUUGGAGGGCUUUGAGGACUUGACCGAUAAGCAAAAUAAGCAUUUCAGAUACCGCAUCUAG